GUUGCAGUGAGCCGAGAUUGUACCACUGGACUCCAGCCUGGACAACAGAGCAAGACUCCAUCCCCCCAAAAAAAAAGAAGAAUAAAAAAAUGCUGUGUUAUUCUGGUCUAAGUCCUUUAACUGUAGAUAACAAAACAUUUUUUGUCAGGUUACUUUUAUACACAAUUAACAGUCAUCUCAGAGCCACCAUUCAUCAUCAAUCUAAGCAAAAAAAAAAAAAAAAUUUUUUUUCUUCGUAACUACACAGUCUUCCAGGUCAACAACAACAAAAAGAAAUCCAAACAUAUAUAAUGAGCGCUGAAAUGGCUAUUACAAGAUGCUUAAAGAACCAGUCACUCUAAAACAAAAUCACUGAAUUAAAAAUGGAAAAAAAGGUUAGAUAUGAACUAGAGAGGACAAAAUGAACUAAGUUUAAACAUCGGCAAAACUUGUUUUCACCAAAAUAGGCAAAAAUUUAGACAAGCCUAAAUAUGCAUUUUAUAUAUAAUAAAUCCUGCAGAUGCUAUAGGGUUAACCUCCCUAGUAAGGCCUCAGUAAUUCACACCUCAAUUAGAAUAGUGUCUAAUGAUGUUACUAUAACACUGGCUCAAUCAGAAAGAAACUGCUUCCAAGUGGGAGAGCUGCAGUGUGACUGGGCAGUAUAAAUUAGGCUAAUGCUUGCUCCUUAAUUUGGGGGGAAACAAAAAACUGAAGGGGAAUACAGAAAAGGAAUUCACACACAAUCGCUCGACUAAAAUGUAGCUUAAGAAAGUGAAGCACAAGUUUUCUAAAAUAAGAUUUGCUGCUUCCUAGUAUAGGCAGAAUUGCUUCAAGCGGCAAAACUAUCAUAAAAAGUCAAUCAUCCACGUAAAACUUAUUCCAAAAUAUUUCAAAGUGACUUUCUCAGCACAAAUUUUCAUUAAGUCUGAAAAACAGAUUUGCAAUUUGUUUUUUUUUCUAAACUCAAGAUUUACACUGAAGGCACUGACCUAAACAGAGACAUACACCCCCACUUCAAAAAUAAACAAGCCAAGAUGCAAUACUUCUCUAAAACUCACCCCAAAACCUGGAAAGCAAAGAAAAAGCCACUUCUAUUAACAAAGUCAAAUGUUAUAACAAUUUUAUCUAAAGAAGCUUUUAGUUUUAAUUCCAACAACUUCAGCCUACAUAAUUCAUCACCAUCUUUAGAUCUAAAGCUACUCCAAAUUAUAAAUGCUUGGCCUAUCUCUAUUACAUUUGUUCUGUAAGGAACACAUUUAAGUAUACAAAAUCAUGACAGCAUUAUGGAAGAAACAUUAAUUUUAAAAAUCCAUGUUUUUAAAUGUUAAUCAUUUACAGUUUGGAAUGUUAUGUACUAAUCACAUCAGAACUUUCCAAUAUAGAGAGAAUAAGUCCUUAGCAUAAAAAAAGUUACACUUUAGAACUUCCUAUAUGAAAUCCACCAUAAAAAUUAUUCAAAUGGCAUGUUCUAAACCUAAUUACAACAUUAUGCAUUUCAUUUUUCUGAGACUCUAAAUGUUUUUUGCCAGCAAAAAGUAGUGAACCUACUUCUUAAAUACUCGAGUAACCAAGCUGCUACUAAGACUAAAAGGAUUCUAAUUCCGACAAAAGUCAAAGGUUAUUAACAAAAAUUAGCUAAGAUUGUAUGUCUGCAGAAAGUCAACUCAGGCUAAUUCCCUUAUUAUCUUGUUAUAUUUAUUAUUCCUAAAUAACUGGCAAUUCCACCUUAAACUACGGUGCAAAAACUAAAUGCAUUAAGAAACUAAUUUGGAAAUAAAUGUGUGUGUGUGUGUUUUAUUAAAAACAAAUGUACUUAGGUUUUUGAGGGGAAACAGCUAUCAAUCUUCAGCAGGGCUUUGUAAAACCUCUGCACCAGCAAAUAAAUCUUUCAGGUUAACUAAACACACUCGUGUCUUUGAAAAUCUAGUUUGAGAAAUCCUAACAGCAGUUUGGGGCAAGUGAUGGAGCCACCGCCCUCCACCUACACCAAUUUCACUCUCAGUACAUGUAGUGCUAACAGUAAGAUCUACUGUGUCUUUUAUUAGGAAGCAUGUUAUAUAGGGGGAAGAAGGGGUUCAGUUAGGUGCUAAGAAUGUGUCCGGCAUACCACCGUCACUCUCAGCACUCAAAAACUAAACAUAUCAAAGACAGAAGCGUAAACUGGCAUUGACACGACUAGGAAGAGAAAGUAAAGGACAAAGAGAAAACAGAAAUUGGCUGGAGAAAACAAAUUAAGACAAACAAUUUACAACUUUCAUUUAGACCGUAAGGCAACACACUCCAGCCGACCCAACGCGCUCGGCCCGGGCGACCGAAAAACUACUUCAGAACAACAAAGAGGAGCGGCGGCCGCGGCAGGAGUCCCGUCCGAGUUUAACUUGAUUCUCCCACGAGCUGCAAGCGGAGCUGGGAGCCGGAGGGACGCGAGGCACCGCCACCCGGCACUCACCCAGCCCGCCCGGCCCGGCUCGUCAGGUAGCCGCGGUCGCUCUCCCAGCGGAUCCGCGCGCUCCUUGCUGCCCCCGGGAGCCCGCCCCGGGGCGGAGAAGCCGCGGGCGGGGUGCGCGGGCCCGGCCGGGGGAAGGGGAGGGGACAUGGCGCGGUUACCUGGGCUCGGGCGGUGGCGAGGGGAGUCCGCUCUCCCGCCGCUGCUGGUCCGCGGAGGCGCCGGGCCCGUCGCUUUCCCCGGCGACCCGGAGAGCUCCUCGGCCCCCGCCCCGAGGCGUCCCGGCCAGGCCGCCUCUCCUCAGCGUCGCACCGCUGCCCGCGCCGACCUGACCGCCUCGAGCUCCCGGGCAGCCCCGCGGCGGGGGGCCUCUCUCGCGAGGCACCCGGCUCCCCUCACCCGCUCCCACCCGCUGGGCGCCUGCGGAGCUGAGGGGAGGGCGAGAAAGGCCUCCCGAGGAGAGCAGGAGGGCGCGAACGCAGGCUCCGCCACUCGAGCCGCUCCGUUACCGCAGCGGCGACGACGACCAGGGCCGUGUUGUUGCUGCCAACUUGUCGAGAGGACACUGAGCAUGCGCGCGCGGGGACCACAUCCGGGUAAUUUCAGGGUUUGGCCCUUUUCCCCCGCAGCUUUCCUUUCUCCCGGCUGCCCCCGCCUCCCGUCCCCCGCCCCGAGUGACGGGGAGGGUCGCUCUGCGCAGGCGCUUGCAGGGCAGCGCCAGCCGGCUGGCGGCUCUGAGUCCCGGCUUGGGGCUGGGCCUGGGCCGCGACGCGGGCGGAGGGCGAAGGCCUGCUUGAGGGAGUGGUCGCCGGGGACAUUGGCAUCUCUUUGCAAAAAAGUACCCAAGCUGCGCAGGAGAGCUCGGCGUUGAGUGGGCGUCCAUUCUUCUGCAGGACAUUGAUCCACUGUGGGAACCAGUUCAUGAACCACAUAAUGGAAGACCAGCUCCGUGUGAGAGAGUUCCAUGGUUCGCCA